GUCGACGAUGGAAGGAACCCCAGCAUCAAGAAAUGCCUUUUCCCUCUGUUUAACUCAAAGAAUAGUUUAAAGCAUAACUCCUCUCAGAAAGUUCUUCCUGUAGUGCCAUCGCCCAUGGUACAACAUCAGUCUACUGCACCCUGCUCUACCUCACCAGUAAACUAUAACCCUCUAUCAUGACGCAUGCUAUUUUACAUAUGUGACAGGCUAGGAAGCACGGGAAACACUGACCAAAACUAUGGUUCCCAGUUCCUACCCUGUCACACAUACAUGCAGUAACAGUACUCUGUGCGUCAACUACAGUGGAUUCAUUAAUUCAUCUGUUAUUGUUGACAUGAACAUCGGCGGCCAUUUUGAGUUCAUACCACCACACCAGCUUCCAGAUCUGUGAACUGUAGUACUGGUCUAUAAUCAGAUCUACAACACACUGGUGUAAGCAGAUUGAAUGUAGGUCAGCCUACUCUAAACUGGUCUGGGAUCAGGAGCUACAGUUAAGUAGGCUACGUCCUCAGGGCUGUUUCUCCUCGCAAAUGUCCCCACACCGGAUCUCUAUCUCUCUCUUCUUUCUCUCUCUCUCUCUCUCUCUCUCUCUCUCUCUCUCUCUCUCUCUCUCUCUCUCUCUCUCUCUCUCUCUCUCUCUCUCUCUCGCUCUCUCUCUCUCUCUCUCGCUCUCUCUCUCUCUCUCCCCCUCCCUCCCUCUGUCCUCCCUCUGGCACCAUGGAUAGUAUCUAAGCCCCCCAGCCCAGCCCAUCAGGGCCUCAGCUUCCUCUCUAAAUCUGUCCUCUACAGCAGAGGAGACCAUCUGGUCCUAGUGAUGCAAGACAAGGCCAGCCAUCUCAGUCUCAGCUGUUCUACCGUCUACAUGGUAGUGACUGGUUAACCAACAGUAUUUCUGUUUGCAUACGUUCUGCUCAAUGGGCUGACGUUUUGAUAGACAGCCCCUCAGUUGCCAAUAGAGUUUUAACCAUAAGCUAUAGUACAGUCAUUAAAAUGAGACAAAACAGAGCUGUGUCAGUAUUUCUCUGACAGAGAUGCCAGAGAUGGACAGGAGUCACUGGACCAUGGUCAUGCAAGAAAUGCACUACCAGUUGGGUCUCACAGUCACUACUUCCUGGGUUUGAGAGCUGGUGUCCUGGUUGGUUCCUGGGUUCAUUCCAUGUGAUGUCAUCACUGUGAUGUCACCGUCCGCUCUGCUCCAUGAUAUUAACAGCAUGUGAAGCGUCUGGUGCAGUAGGGUCGAGGAGGAGGAGAGGGAAUUGGGAGGAGGAGGGGAGGAGAGGGGUGCAUGGAGGACCCACAGCCGUCGAGAGAUGUGCCUGUGAUGCCUGCUCAUCAUAUUUGCACGUUGUGUUACCCACAAUGCACUCCGAAAGUGUCCACUAGACCCCAAAUGCAGUCAGAGUAGAUUUCAUAGCCUUGGUCCCUCUGGAGGUCUAGUGGAUGUUUUGGGGUGUACAGGUUUAUUGAAAUGUCCUGAGUCUAUCGUUUUUGACUGUGUCAUUGUUAACCGGUCCACCCCCCUUUCCUGUUGUGAAAUGGUAGGUUCCUGGUGAUGGGCAGGACCACUUGUUUAUCCAGAAGGGGUCCAAGUCCUCCUCCUCGUCCUCCUCGCACCACGGCAGCCGGCGGAAGAACCGUGAACGCUCCCGGGAUAGGGAUCGUGAGCGCGAGCAGAGCCGAGACCGCGACAGAGAGAGAGAGAGAGAGAGGGAGAGAGGGAGACAGAGAGAGAGAGUCAGUGACUGGCCUCAGGAGAAACAGGUGGAUUCACAAUCACAGUUCAUUUAUGUUUACUCUUUCAAUUUCAAUUGACUUCCUGAAUUCUAAAGUGAAUUGUUCCUUUCCACCUUGGUGUACCCGCUUAGUGUUCACAAGCUUGUGGUGAUUGUUUUCUAUGCCUCCCCCUCAGAACCAACCCCUGAAGUCCCUACGCAGACUCCUGCACCUCUCCCCCUCCUCCUCUUCCAGCCAACCCCCUCCUCCUUCCGACCUGCGAUUCCAGCACCUCCCCAACCCCAACCCCCCCGCCUCCUCCUCUAAAGGGGGAGUCUUCAGCGACGGGAGGGGUGACAGUAGGUCCCACCAGGGACACCCUAGCAGCAGCAGCUCCAGCUCUGGUCAGUCUAAGAGCCACCGGAAGCAGAGUUACCCCCUCCCGGGGCAGUUACAGGGGCAGAUUGAGUCCAACUGGCACGCAGUGGCCCUCGCCAGGGCAGAGGGGGCUCAGCCGUACCCCGACCAAAUGGUCGCCAACGGGCCCACCUUUACCAGGCCGUCAAGGUCACGGAUGCCAAACCUCAACGACCUGAAAGAGACAGCCCUGUGAGGAGAGCAUGGAAUUAGAAUUCUAUCACCCACCCAUUGACUUGAAUGGGGAUGUCCA